GCACACCACACAGAGUACUACACGGGACGCGGCGUGGGCACGUCCAUUUCGUCUGCUGGAUGCCAGCUCUUCUAGGAAUCGAAGGGACUCCUCCUUGCCCCGCCAAUUGGCGUCCUUCCCUCCCUCCCUCUCCGCCAUUGCCAAGAAACAAGACGUCUCGCGACAUUUUUGUUGCCCUUGCUGGCUGCUGCAUUUGGUGGUGGCUCGCACACGGCCAGCUGCGCGAUCAUCGUCGUCUUGCUCGCGCUGUGGCUCCGGCUCCGGCUGUCCGGCAAGAUGAACGACCUCUUCACGUCGGCGUCGUUCAAGAAGUACGCGGACCUGAAGCAUCAGGUGGUGAUGGACGACCUGGAGUCCGGCGUCGGCGGCGGCGAGGCGGAGGGCCCCUGCCUGGACCGGUUCUUCGAGGACGUGGAGGGCGUGAAGGAGGACCUGCGCGGGCUGGAGUCGCUGCACCGGCGGCUGCAGUCGGCGCACGAGGAGAGCAAGACCGCGCACGACGCCCGCGCCGUCAAGGCCCUCCGCGCCCGCAUGGACGCCGACGUCGACCAGGUGCUCCGCCGCGCCAAGGCCGUGAAGACCAAGCUGGAGGCGCUCGACCGCGCCAACGCCGCCAGCCGCAGGCUCCCCGGCUGCGGUCCGGGCUCCUCCGCCGACCGCACCCGCACCUCCGUCGUCACCGGCCUCGGCAAGAAGCUCAAGGACCUCAUGGACGACUUCCAGGGCCUGCGGACGCGGAUGGCGGCGGAGUACAAGGAGACGGUGGCGCGGCGGUACUACACGGUGACGGGGGAGGAGGCGGCGGAGGGGACGGUGGAGGCGCUGAUCGCGUCGGGGCAGAGCGAGACGUUCCUGCAGAAGGCGAUCCAGGAGCAGGCGGCGGCGGCGGGGCGCGCGCAGGUGGUGGACACGGUGUCGGAGAUCCAGGAGCGGCGCGACGCGGUGGUGGAGGUGGAGCGCAGCCUCAGGGAGCUCCACCAGGUGUUCCUGGACAUGGCGGCGCUGGUGGAGGCGCAGGGACACCAGCUGAACGACAUCGAGAGCCACGUGGCGCGCGCCAGCUCCUUCGUGCUCCGCGGCGCCGUCGAGCUCGAGGCCGCCAGGGAGUACCAGAGGAGUGGCCGAAAGUGGGCGUGCGUCGCCCUCGUCGCUGCCGCGUUGCUCGCCGCUGUCGUCGUUCUACCCGUCCUCGUCAACCUCCACCUCCUCAGCCUGAGACGGUAGGUAGAUCGUUCAUCGUCGGCGGCGGCGUUUCGCGGGACGUCCGCCGGACUCCGCCGUCGAUCGAUGCAUGCAUUUCUUCGUCUUGUGCUACCUUAGAAUUGAACUUGGAUUGCGGUGGAGAUUGCGGAUCGUUUCGUAGCUAGAGAAACAGUGUUGUACGUGUUGGGUACAUUGGAAUUGUUGUUUGUUCAUUAUUCGUUUGAGCCGGCAUAUAUAGUGGUUACCGACGUGGCAACAAAACGAUGCCUGAAGCUGAAACGAAAGACACGCCUUUCUCAAAGAUA